AUGGGUGCAUAUCCUUACUUACGAAAACCUGCAUAUUUCGUGGCCCACUCGGUGUCUUGGUCCCUGGAGCCUAGAUACGGUAUUUUUUGCAGCCUUAUUGUGGAUCUUCGAUCUAUCGAUCCGGACGAAUUAACCGAUCCCAUGGAUCACGUUUUACUCGUCAAGACAGAACUUGGUGAUCCGAAGUUUUUCCAAGCGCCCAGUGCUAACGACCAAAGUCUUUGGAUUUCGGCUAUACGGCGCGGUCUACCACCAUUACGACUAAGACCUUGUCUGUCGAACACCCGAUGUCAUUGUCUCGUAACAGCUGCUGGCAACAGUGUCCCAGCUGUAGGUGAUGACCCCACCUCCAAAACCUCGCUCGGUACACCGCAUUCCGAUGCAGGCUCUACCCGGUUUGAACCACCUGCUGAAUCUAUAGAAAAAUCACUGUCUUCCAACACACGUCAUCCAGGGUUGAGUGCUAAAUCAGUCACAGGUAUCCAACCCCAUCAGUCCUCCCCAGUCACCACGGACGUGUCCUUCCCCACUCGAACCGCGACUACAGAAACAAACGUAACUACGGCGUUACCAUUAUCUCCAACCGCGUCCCGUGCACGAGUGCCACCGGGGAGUGUAAAUUUGGAUUUACGAGAUCGAUGGGCCAGUCCGCUUCAGCACAAUCACGUGGAGCAUGGGUCGUGCAACCCCAGAACGAAGACGAAUCAGCCCAGCACCCCAUCUGCCACUUCGACACCCACUGGUCUUGGUCCGAAACAGUUCGCUAGUGUGGUUGUUUGUCCUACUCCAUCGCGACCAGUGGCAACCACACUGAGCUUUAAUCGUCCACCUUCAUUGACCACCAAUAGCAACUUCUCCCUGAUUCCAGCGAAUAAUGAAACUAUUGGGACUCCUAAUCGCUCGGGGGUCGGAAAUCGAACCAUGUCCUCGGGUACUUCUCCUACCGCGACAAACUCAAGUAGCACGAUUGCAGCCCUCUCGGAAUCAGCCAGUGGUGGUGGUUCCGGACUGAAUUCAGCAACGACUAUACUGCACAGUGCUUUCAGUCCAGCAGAAGAUCUCAUCGGUCAGCGCUUGUCUGCCUAUCCCUGGUACCACGGCACUUUGUCCCGAUUGCGUGCAGCCACGUUUGUCCUCGGUCAAGUCUCAAAUGAUGAUCCAAACUCUCUGACAGAUCGGUCUGAUGCGGCUGCUUUGUCUGGGGUCGGUUCGCAUGCUCCUGCAGGAUCCGCAUUCAGUAGUCCGUUGGACCAGUUACCGGAUAUACAAUCCUCACUCUCUGUUAGCGAUGGUGUAUUUCUUGUUAGACAAAGUGAAACCAAACAGGGCGAAUUUGUGCUGACAUUCAGUUGUCAUGGGAAAGCAAAGCACCUACGUAUGACUCUUACUCCCGAUGGUCAUUGCCGAGUGCAGCAUCUCCCAUUCGACUCAAUAGUUGAAAUGCUGGAGCACUUCCGUCAGGAACCAAUUCCAUUGGAACAGACUAGUACUGCCGGUCCGCUAGAUGCGUCUAUCCCCUUGGAUAAUAGAGCCGUGACCAGCACUCCGCCAGCCCCAGUCACCCUGUCAGCCUAUGUGGUAAACACACAAUUGACGGGCAGUCUGACUCGUUUGGUCCUUUGCCGCGGAUCCAUACGGGCCAGCGUGACCACAGUUGGACGUGCAGCCGCAGCCGCGAUUGCCACGGUGGCCGGUGGUAGUAGAGCUGUGCAGAACCAGUACAUUAUCAUGUAG